AGCAUCCAUUCACGCCAGCUUUGAGUCAUACGAACAAAACAAAACUAAAGAGUGCUGUUAAAGGGAGUCGAUGAAAUAUGAGGAGAAGAAGUAGCAGCAAUGGCAGCAGGAGAAGAAGCUCGAUCAUCCGAAGACGUAGUGAAAACGUGCGUUUUGAUGAGUUCGGUUUUGCGAUCACAAAGAAGAAGGAGCAAAAACUUCAGCACAGAUCUCACGACUACAGCUACCCCCAGUUGAGUCCAGUGAGGGUCAAGGAGCUGUGUGAACUGCUCAGCUACUGGAAUGGAGCCAGCUUCCUCUGCAAAAACCAGAUUGAGAGAUUCAUCAGGAUGGGCAUUCCUUCAAGUUUGCGAGGGCAAGUUUGGAAGUGCCUUCUCUCCAUUGAAAACAGGAGACAAAAGAGCCAAUUUAACUAUGAGAUGUGCCUGGCAGAAGUGCGAGGACCUCUUGUAGACCUGGGGGUCAGUGAGUAUGGCAUUUUGUCAGCCAUCACCACAUUGAGUGAGACACAGAAUGAUUUGGGAACAAGCCAGCAGCAGUUCACCGGCUCAGAGAUGCGCUACUCUGUGGAUGACAUCACACUCUUCAGACAGAUAGCACUGGACUUGCAGCGCUCAUUCCCCACACACCGCUCUCUGAUGGGGGACAGUCCUGAAGCCAUAGAGGGCCAGGCCAAACUUUUCCGGGUCCUCAUUGCCUAUGCAAGAUACAAUCCUCAGGUUGGAUACAGCCAAGGGAUGUCCUACAUAGCUGCUGUAUUGCUGAUGCAGCUGGCAGAGGAGGAGGCAUUUUGGGCUCUUACAGCCCUGUUGGAUCAACCUCAACAUGUAGCUGAAUUAUUUGACCUCAACCUUUCAAAAAUCCAACAUCAAGUGAAGGUGUUUGAACAGCUUCUGAAACACAGAAAACCUCAACUCUCUCAGCAUCUGGAGUCUGUGGGACUUUUGUCAGUCCAUUUUGUGAUGCCCUGGUUUCUCACCCUCUUCACUUCACUGCCCUGCUGGGACUCUGUGCUGGCUGUCUGGGAUCUCGUCAUUUUGCAUGGGUUGUCAGCUGUUUUCCGGACGGCGCUGACCAUCAUUGAGCUCCUGGAGCCUCGGCUGAUGGGGCUAAAUGAUGAAGGGGCCAUGUUACCACUGCUGCUUCGAGUCCCAGUGGAUGUAUCCCAGUACUGUGUGUUGAUUCCUGCUCUGUGGAACACUGAAGUGCAGGACUGGGAGCUCAAAUGCAUGAACAGCCUUGUUCUGGACGAAACCCUAACCCUAACCCAGAGUGGACCCAUAGCUGAUCAAGGUGAAAAACAGCAUCCCACUGCAGCUUUGAAUGAAAAUGAACUUCCAUCUUCAAGUGAUGGGAUUAAUGAAAGGGACUCAGGAGGCAGAGGAGUUCUGAGCCGGGUUCUUCAUCUGGCCCAGCGCUUCCUCCUGGAUCCCAUCGGUCUACAAAGAGAAGACAAGAAAACCAGAGCACAGAGCAGGAGCCAGCCGCUAAGUCCUGCAUCCGGGCGGAGCAUCAGGAGCAAAACUUCAGCAUCACUGACACAAACACAGAUCAGGACGAGGAGGCGUAGUCAGCAUCGAGGUGGAAAUUUGCAGCCUGUAACCGAGGGAAAUGGCACUGAUGUUACACCGCCCAGUACAGCUGAUGCCAAAAGAAGCUUCAGAUCAAAUGAAAACUUCAAGCGCGCCCUUUCAGGACCUAAUGGAAAAGGGAGCCAUCGCCGCAGCAAUCACAGCCUGAUCCAGCCUCUCAGAGUCCGAUCUCUGCGUCUUUUAAGAAGCAAUAAGAACAACCCACCCUCCCCCUCCUCAGUGCUCCCCCCAACGCUACGAUCAGCCGCUCUAACUCCACCAUCCACCCCUCUAGCAACUAUCCCUUCAGCAUCCACCCCAUCAGCAUGCACCCCCACCCAAGCACAGGAACGGGCCAGGCCAAUCAACAACAGGAGGGCCUUUCUCAAUGAGCUGUCCUCCAGACAUCAGACCUGUGCCCCCUUCAGCAAUGUCAGAGAAUCCGCACUCAUCUGAUGGAGCCCAGGGGAGAAAACUGAAGCACUACCUACUUCCACAGCACUGAACCACAUGUGUCUACAAUUUACUCCACACUGAUAAUUUAUUUUUUUAUAAUGUUUUACUGGUAAUGUGCAAUUUUGAAAGGC